AUGUCAAUCGCUCCUCAAUCUCCAACUUCAAAGCCUCGGUUGAACGUGCACUACUUGGCACCAGGGUUUUCCUUGAUACCUCCCGAAACCGUCGAUGAGUAUCGUCGAAACAAGAGCAACUUGAUCUUCAGCCAUGGUGUCACUAUUGUCAAAAUCUCACUGGAAGUGGUCGUCAAGAUCGGCGCUCAUGUCAACUUUAACGAGGCUAGAAAUAUGAUCUAUAUUGCACAAAAUACAGGGAUCCCCGUGCCUAAAGCCUUGGCAUGUUAUACGUACGGCCCUAUUGAUCGUGACCCUGGUGACCACGGAGGCCUUUACGAUACCUACAUCUUCACGAGUUUGACUGAUGGCAACACACUUGACACGGCAUGGGACAAUUACGAGGUCGCUACUAAAACCCAUAUCUCAACACAGCUUACGGGCUACAUCCAAGAGAUGCGUGAUUUGGCAUGUGAUGGCUAUAUUGGCUCUGUUGAUCAUGGACCCGUUGCUAAUCACUAUCUAUCGACUUCUCUUGAUAAAGGUCCCUUUAAAUCCGAGGAGGAUUUCAAAAAAGAGCGCCAAAACGUCACAUGA